AUGUCCCGGCGCGCACAGCUGGAGGGUCACGUGGCAGCGGCCCCGGCCCCCCUUCCUGCCAACGCUGCAUUUGGCCCAGGCCCGGUUCAUGGCUGCCCUUGGGACCCUGCGCUGAGCCCCGGAGCCCUGGCGUCCGGGGCCGCGCCGCUCCCAAGGGACGAGAGGGGCGGGGGCGUGAGCCACGCGGACAUGAGGCGGAGGCUGCGCCUACGCGGGGACGCGUCGAUCACGCUUCUCCUUGGCACCGCCCUCGGCCUCCUGCUCUACACACAGCGCGAGGGCGCGACCCCGACGACCAACGCACCCCGAGCGCAUGGGAAGGUAGAGGCAGCGCCUACUCCGGGACUCAGAGUCUUCCAGGCACGGGACGCGGACGCAGCCCCAGCCCCCCUGCUCUACGAAGGGGACACACCGGAGCCGCCCACACCCACGGGACCCUUCGACUUUGGCCGCUACCUACGCGCCAAGGACCAGCGGCGCUUCCCCUUGCUCAUUAAUCAGCCGCACAAAUGCCGAGGAGAUGGCGCACCUGAAGGUGGACCCGACUUGCUCAUCGCCGUCAAGUCAGUGGCGGCGGACUUCGAGCGGCGCCAGGCCGUGCGCCAGACGUGGGGUGCUGAGGGCCGUGUGCAGGGGGCGCUCGUGCGCCGCGUGUUCUUGCUGGGCGUGCCCAGGAGCACGGGCACCGACAGGGCAGACGCCGAGGGGGAGGGCACGCGAACCCACUGGCCAGCCUUGCUGCGUGCCGAAAGCCGUGCAUACGCGGACAUCCUGCUCUGGGCUUUUGACGACACUUUCUUCAACCUAACGCUCAAGGAGAUCCACUUUCUGGCCUGGGCCUCUGCCUACUGUCCCGAGGUGCGCUUCGUUUUUAAGGGCGACGCAGAUGUGUUUGUGCACGUGGGAAACCUACUGGAGUUCCUGGCGCCGCGGGACCCGGCGCAGGAUCUGCUUGCGGGUGACGUGAUUGUGCAGGCUCGGCCAAUCCGCGCGCGGGCUAGCAAAUACUACAUCCCAGAGGCUGUGUAUGGCUUGCCGGCCUACCCGGCCUACGCGGGUGGUGGUGGCUUUGUGCUUUCAGGGGUUACGCUGCGUCGCCUGGCCGGCGCCUGUGCACAGGUUGAGCUUUUCCCCAUUGACGACGUCUUUCUGGGCAUGUGUCUACAGCGCCUUCGGCUCACACCGGAACCUCACCCUGCUUUCCGCACCUUUGGCAUCCCUCGUCCUUCAGCCGCGCCGCACCUGCGCACCUUUGACCCCUGCUUUUACCGGGAGCUAGUUGUAGUGCACGGGCUCUCGGCGGCCGACAUCUGGCUUAUGUGGCGCCUGCUGAACGGGCCCCAUGGCCCAGCCUGUGCGCGUCCUUGGCCUGCCGCUGCUGGCUCUUUCCGGUGGGACUCCUAG